AUGAUGAAUUUUCUUCCGAUUUUAUAUAGUUUGGCAAUUGCUGAUGAUGAUCCUCCCGUGGACCAAGAAACAAUUCCUAACGCUCCUUCGUUUCAGAAUUUGAAAAUGCCCAAAUCAAAUAUAAAAGAAAUUUACGAUAAUUUAUAUAUUUCCAGAGAAUUAUCGGAAACUGACAACAUCAAUUCACAGGAAACAAAGUUUCAUUUCUACUUCAGCAAUAUUUUAAUUAAUAAAUUAACUGUAACAAAUUGUUGGGCUUUAGGAUCGGUUGUGGAUCCAUCAUCAGGUGGAGCCAUUCACGUGUUCAGAUCUUCUCUUACAACGAGUAAUGAAAUCAAUACAUUCACUUCAAAUCGCGCAACAACAGGCGGAGCUAUCUGUUGCCUUCAAUCCCAAGUUUACUUAAUGAAAUCCAUCUUUAAUCAGAAUAUUGCCUACAAAUUUGGUGGAGCCGUUUGUUAUGAAGGAGAUUCUCUUGUAGAGAACUCUCUCAACGUCAAGUUAGUACUCCAAGAGUGCAAAUUUACUGGAAAUAUGGCACACUCAUGCGGUGGAGGCUUAUCGGCCUUAGCCUGUAGAGAGGCAAUAUUAGAUCAUUGUGAAUUUAAGCAAAAUCGUGCCGCAUCAUUUGGAGGAGGUAUGGAAUGCUGCCUAACAAACAGAUUAGACAUUUUUGAUAAAAAAAUCAUUAAUAAUUACAUUACAAACCACUUCUUCGAUGAUAAAGAUGUUGCCCAAGAUAUCCGAAAGAAUUAUCAAAAUUCGAUUAGAUAUGGAGGUGGCGCAUUGUAUUUUGGAGGUCCACCAAUGCCUAAAGACGAUCAGCCACCAACUACAUAUGCAUCUUUUUAUACACAAAGUUGCUGUUUCUUCAAUAACUUUGUUUUGGACAAAGAUACUUUAGAAGUUUAUGAUUUUUCAACUGAAGAAGAAGAUAAAAAUGAAUACAAAGGAAGAGGACAUGAGAUAUUUUUGAACUCUUAUAUUGGAUGGAUAUCAAUGAAUGAUGAUUUUAAAGAACCAGAGUAUUCACAAUCAAUUCCUAAUCAAUACAUUUAUUUUGUUAAAAGUAACGAACAAAAUCUAAAUUGGGCAGUAAUGCAAACAAAUGGAUCUAUGCCUGUAUGUGAAGAUUCAGGAAAAGCAAUUAAAAGAAUAAUUGCAGAUGAAAUUAAAUAUGCAAGAAUAAGUAAUACAUUGACUGAUGAUCAGCUAACUUCCAAUGUUGAACAACCAACUGAAUAUACAUAUGUUGCAACACCAGUUACAAGAUUACCAAGACAAACAACACAAUCACUUGUUUAUCCAACAGCAAGAACAUUAGAAAAAGAUUCAUUCCCGUUCGAAUUUUCAGGUUACAGUGUAAUUCCUACUAAUGCAAUGACUCCAUUUAGUACUGCACAGCCAUCACCUAUCGCUACACCAGAAAGAACUCCUGAAAAGUCGCCUGACCCGACACGCGUUCCUGGAAGUGGUGAAACAAUUACUGUUACCCUAACUGUCUCUCUUCUUAAAACUCUUAUAUUUAGGGUCAUUUAA